AUGGCUGCUGCCGCUGACUUAGUGUGGCACUUUCCUGGCCUGCAUGAUGUGCUUCCAUCUGCAUCAGCUAGUGGUAUUGAGAUGGAUGAUAUCACCGAGGAUGUUGCAGCUGAGCAGGAAACCCUUGUCAAGCCAAGCAACAGGGUAUCCGACAAUGUCUGCACCAUGGACCCCCCCCUCCCGUCAACGUCCAUGAAGUCAAUAGAUGCACCUGACUUUGCAAGACUGCAGUCAACACUGAUGGAUGCCUUAAAGGGUGUCACCGAAGGCACCAGUGUGGAAUACAAAUGGCUGAUGAACACAUGUGUCAUGUUUCUUGCUGGCCUUGGUCUGCUAGGGAGCAACGAGGAGUUUUUCUGCAAAAAGCCACGUGCUGAUGCGCCAUGGCUGAUCAUUGCGUGGAUCAUGAAUAUGUCUGACUCUCUCAAUAUUGAUGGCACCAUGAAGCCAUCGACCCAGGAAUGUGGAACGUAUGGUCAUGCACAGAAGAUGCAUGCGUCGAUGACAUAUGCUUUCUGUUACGACUGGGACGUGGUUCUUCUCUCGAAUGAGAGGUCAAAGGUUUCUGGCUAA